GGUCCCCGGGCCCGGCGGCGCGGCGCGGCGGCGGCUCGGUUGUGAGGAGGCGGGGAAGCGGGUGUCCGGCUCCCGCCAUGGAGGGCAUGGACGUGGACCUGGACCCCGAGCUGAUGCAGAAGUUCAGCUGCCUGGGCACCACCGACAAGGACGUGCUCAUCUCCGAGUUCCAGCGACUGCUCGGCUUCCAGCUCAACCCGGCCGGCUGCGCCUUCUUCCUGGACAUGACCAACUGGAACCUACAAGCAGCAAUUGGCGCUUAUUAUGACUUUGAGAGCCCAAACAUCAGCGUGCCCUCUAUGUCCUUUGUUGAAGAUGUCACCAUAGGAGAAGGAGAGUCGAUACCUCCUGAUACUCAGUUUAUAAAAACAUGGCGGAUCCAGAAUUCUGGGGCAGAGGCCUGGCCUCCAGGGGUUUGUCUUAAAUAUGUUGGGGGAGACCAAUUUGGACAUGUGAACAUGGUGAUGGUGCGAUCACUAGAGCCCCAAGAGAUUGCAGAUGUCAGCGUCCAGAUGUGCAGCCCCAGCAGAGCAGGAAUGUAUCAGGGGCAGUGGCGGAUGUGCACUGCUACGGGACUCUACUACGGAGAUGUCAUCUGGGUGAUUCUCAGUGUGGAAGUGGGUGGACUUUUAGGAGUAACGCAGCAGCUGUCAUCUUUUGAAACGGAGUUCAACACACAGCCACAUCGCAAGGUAGAAGGAAACUUCAACCCGUUUGCCUCUCCCCAAAAGAGCCGACAAUCAGAUGAAAACAACCUAAAAGACCCUGGGGGUUCCGGGUUCGACUCGAUCAGCAAAAACACAUGGGCUCCUGCUCCUGACCAAACCGAGCAAGAUCAGAAUAGACUCUCACAGAACUCUGUAAAUCUGUCCCCCAGCAGUCACUCAAACAACUUAUCAGUAGUGACUUACAGUAAGGGGCUCCACGGGCCUUACCCCUUCGGCCAGUCUUAAAUGGGUGUCUCAGCAAGAAGAAAAAUUAACAAAAGACACAAGGCUUGACUUUGGGGGGGGAGGGCAGGGGUUCCUCUGGAUUGCAGACCACAUCGCAUGGACCCCUGGCUCUGACCCCUCACCCGGAAGAAGAGGAAGAAGCAGAACAGACUAGUUAUGAGUAAACUCAGUAUGCAUGUGUGAAUGCUGAAUCACAGGAAUGGUGUUGAGGCUACCAAGAAGAAAUCAUGCAGCCACCUUGGGGUUUGUUUAUUAGGCGUCAGUCUAAGAAGUCAUUAGGUCACUUGGGAAGGGAGAGAAGGUUAAAAUGGGGGAAAAAAGCCAUCUUUUUAAACAAAAAUUAUUUUGCCUACAGAGAGGUUGUAGUUUUGAGCAUAUGUUUAUGUUUUUUCCCCUCUUUCCCCACUUUUUUCUUUUAAAUAAGGGAUAACGUACUCUUCAUAGAAUAGCUGCUUGUUCUGGAGGCGAUGAGGUUAAAAGCUAGCGUGGCAUGUCUGGGGACUCUGCAGGUCAGUGCUGCUGGAGUAUAUCUGCCGAACCACAUGACUUAAGACCUUCCUGACCGCGUUUGUUUUUGAUGGCAUCAGCCAAUGGGUUAUCACCCUUUUCCUCCUCUUUUCUUUUUAAUCUUCUGUUGAUUUACACCUUGGACAUUUGUAUUCGUCAGCCCUGUGGCUUGUUACCAUCGGGACCUCUCCGAAGACCAAACCUCCUGUGUGGCCAGCAGAGGAAGCCUUGAGGACAGAUCUCGGGUGACAUGGGAGUUUGAGGCCAAGAGGUGUCCUUCUGCACAUACUUGUAACAGUUCACGUUGCUUUUCUUCCGUGUUUCUCUUGGCAGAGAGAAAUGCCAUCAUGCUUACUGCGCUUUUGGAUUCUUUGUAUCGUGGCCCCCCAUUUGCUCUAGGAACAGUGCCUCUGGCAGGGGGUGUGUGCGCGCCCCGUGCAUUCACCAGCGACUUUGCAGCGGGCAAGUGUGAAGGUGUCACAUGCUUCUCUGUUGUCACACAACCCCCUUCCCUGCAUUUCCCUCCACUUGUCCUUUUUGGUGUUUUCACAGCCUGUUAAUGGAGGCUGAGCUGUUAACCGAAUGAAAAUACAGCCCCUGACGGGGAAUUUGCUAUGGGGAAGGGCCACAGUCGUGACUGCUUGAUCUAGGAGACUACAUUUACAUGAACAUGGGGGGGUCCCCACCCUGAGCAGGAUGUUGGUUAUUGGCAGGGUAGUGGGGGAGGAGCAGCCUAGCCAGAGCUAGCCGGAGCAGAGGCGAAUUGGCUGGCUGCUCAUUUGUGCAGGUGGCCCCACUGGCUUCCUGUAGACGCCGGCAGGUUGAAGUGUGGAUAUCUCCGUGGAAGCUUGAACCAGGCUAGCACAGCUGUCUGCCAAAGAUACAAGAAUAUGCAAAGUCCCUCUUCUCACCCCUUCCUUCCCUCGAGUCUUAGUUGGUUUGAUAGGUUUGAUAGCCGGGGAUAUAAGGGAGCCAGGAGUGUGGAUCUAAGGUGUGGUUACAGGGUCAUCUGCCUGUUGCCACACCCCACCCACCCUGGGGGUGUGAGACAAGCCAGGGAGACCAGGUGAUGAGUGGCUGCAAGGGGUCAUAUAGCCUGGGUGUGGGUGAGGGUCUGCCUGCCUGCCUGUCUGUCUCUGUUUGGGUGUCUGAGUUCCAAAAAUGUGUGCUGUUUGUUGCUCCUCAUCCUCUUCUGAGACUGUGGUUUUUUAAAGUUUGAUUGUGGGAGAAAAGCUUGUAUGAGAUUUCCCCCUUUGCCUCCCAACUUCCCCCAAAAUAAAGGGAGGGAAUAAGCUUUGGUCCUCUGGAGGAGCCCUGGGGGAGGGUGGGGCCCACCUGCUGAGAAGAGGCAGGGCAGCCAGGGCUGGGGCUGGACUAGGGCUUAGGUGUUCCUGCAAGUGCCCGUUCCCUAGCAGAGGGGCGGCCCUACCACAUGCCCAGGUCACAGGGCUCAGGAUGGUGUUUGUCUGAGGGCCCAGUAAGGCCCAUACUGCUACUGCUACUGCUGCUGCUGCUGCCGUUGGUGCCAACCUCCUGGGACACCACCACCCUGGAGCCCCUGCAUGCCCAGCCAUUCCUCCCUGCGUGAUAGCCCUCAAUGCAGUACCUCCCCAGCUGUCCACAGCAGGGUAAUGGGAGGUUUCAUGUUCCCUAGUUUCCUGGCUGCCUCAUCUGCCCCACACUAGGUGCCCUUUCCAGGUUCCCAAGUAGGUGUUGCCUGCCCUGGUUCAGCAGGGGCUUCACAGGCCACCGUCAGCAGGUCUGGCCCUGCCAGGGUCAUCUUGCGCCUCCUCUUGCCUGAAGGCAGUCUUACCUAGCCAGUUAAAUGUCCCAGGCACAUUGGCCUCCCUCCCAAGAACAAAGCAUUUCUUUGCACACCCUUGGAGGAGGUGAGUUCCUUGUAGAGGGCCAGAGCAAACCGCAGCCGGGGGUGAAGCAGGGGAUCCAUGGCUUUCACAGAACAAGAUGGGCAUCAGAGUACCAUUCAUUCUGCCUCCUCACACUGGCCUUAGCCCUGCACAAUGCUUGGAGCUGCUCUUUUCCCCUCCUGGUAGGGUGAAGGACGCCACCUUCUCAGCACCAGUAGUCCCUGUUCCUCUUGGAAUCUACGCCAAGUGGAAGGCCGCUUCUGGGCAGGACCACCAGAGAGGCACCAUCCUUAGGUGCCUGAGCCCAGUGCAGGAGGCAGGGGCUCAGGCUUGGGAAGAACCCGUCUGUGUGCAUGGCGUGAGGUGUGUGUGAGUGAGUGUGCGCACGCGUGCAUGCCUUUUUUCUUUUUUGUCAAGGGGACAGUUGAAUUUGGGGCAUUUUUCUACAAGAAGCAGUCACCCUUCUCUCCCCCAGUAAGGACUGGCAGUAACCCUAAGCCCAUCAGAGGCACUUCCAGCGUGGAGAGAACUGCUGGUGUGGCCUCAGGGUGGCCAAGGUAGGAAGUGGGCACGGCGAUAACACCUCCUCCAGUUCAGUCUGAGCCCCAGCAGGUGAGGGAGUGGGGCUGCCAGGGCUCGAAAUGCACGCUGAUUCCCCCCAUCCCACCCCACCCCACCCACCUUUCCUUUGUUUCCUUGGGUGAAUGCAGGAGCGGCAGUGGCUGCCCCUCCACCUAGACAGUGGUGUGUGUGUCAAGUGAGCUGGGUGGAUGUUUGUGGUGGGGCCUCAUGGUGCCUGGGAGGAGACGAAGAUGAGGAUGUUUUUCUUUACUGUAUAAAUGAAUAUUUGUAUGAUUAAAUUAACACACACAUUAAAAAGCAAAAAAACAUUUCCCCUUGUCAGCGAGUUUUAUUGCACCUUCCAGCCCCCUGUGUACCUGCUUGGCCCGAAGGUGGUUCUACGAUGUGUAUUUUUGGGUCUCUGCAGAUGAGGAAACAGACCUUGAGGUUCAUUCUGUGUUUGGGAAAUCAGUCCUGGGGUGAUAAUUGGAUCUGCUGCUCUUCCUGGCUCCCGGUGGCCAGAAAGGUGAAGGAAUGGUUUCCAAAUGGCCGUUAGGCCCCUAGGGUAUGUACCAUGCCUCUGUCGAUCACCCUUUCCCCGGCACAUAAGAAAUCCCAGCUGAGUUAGUGCUGAUCUUAGGCCCUUACUGUGUGUCUGGCACCUAACACAGAUACAGGACCGUUACGGAAAAAAAGCAGGGCGUCACUGGCAUCUUUCCUGUUGGAAGACAAGGCAGAGUUAGGAGGGACUCCCUCGCCUUCACACCCAAGCCCCAGCAUCCUAGAUUUAGAAGUAAGAGUGCAUCUUCCCUGAUGUGUUUCCCAUGGUAGUUGGGUAUAGCCCCUGGGUGCUCUAGGCUCCCUUUCUGGUAUAUUAUGGAUCAGGUAGGUUUUUGUGGGCUGGUCUUGGAUCAUGGAGAGCACAUUCCAGGCAGUUGACAAGCAGACUUGGAACCCACCCCACUUGCUAUGUGAGACAGACCUGUGAGUUUGGGGGCUUACACUAUAGCCAGGGAGCAUUGAGUGGGAGUUGAAUACCAUGAAAGAAACUGUUGAUUGGCAGAUGGCAUAUGGCGCUCAGGGAAUCCAUGCAUUUAUGUCUGUAGCACUCUGAAGAGCUCAGAACUCGCCUGUCCUCUGCUACAUCAUUACCCCUUUGUGUUGAGGAGAAAGUGAGGUCAGAAAGGGAAGGGAGUUGCCCGAGCCUCACUGCUUAAUGAAGCAUGCUUAGAUGCAUAGCCUCCCAGAUGCUGGCAGUAUUUUCAUAUCAUUGUGGAGACAGCCUUUCAUCCACAGACCCCUACACUGGAUCUUCACCUUGGCUGGCAAAGCUGAGUGUGUGUUCUAAAUGAUGGUGGUCCUGGGUAUGAGCCAGGGGCCCUCCUGGCCAUCUCCCUGUAGGCUGCUCACUAAGGGAAACUAUGGCCAGAGAUGGCAUGAGAGAAACUGAGGUACCCAUAAAAGAACUGGCCCCCUGCCCCAGGAGCCUGAAUGCAAGGCUCCUGUUCCUCAGUGAACAGUGAUAGCCUGGUACAGAGCCCAGGGCAGUGGAGCCUGGGAGACUGGCCCAGAGACCCCCUGGGCUGAGUGCCCCCACCCCUGCCCCCAGUGCCAUGAUAGUGCACCUGCAUCCUGCUUCUUUCCAGGUGCCCAAAGCUGUUUGCUCUCUGCAGGGGAGUGGCCCCCACCCCGUCACCUGGGUCUUCUGGCAACUCAGACCCACUCCCAGGCCUUCCCCAAUACCUCCACUGCUAAACAGUUAUUUGCUUGGCAGAAUCUGUUUAUCUUUGGGGCUGUAACCUGUCAAGAAGUCACUAGGCCCUGGGA